AGAAGCAUUUGCAUCAAUCACCAUAGUGUUCCCAACGACUCAGUGACAACAUGCGUGUUCUAGCAAUCCUGGCUCUAUGCUUGGCGGCGGUCGCAGCCGUGCCGUCCAGCUCCCAAAGGAUCGUCGGUGGAUCGGUGACCACCAUCGACCGAUACCCCACCAUUGCUGCUCUACUGUAUAACCGUUGGGGUAGCACCUUCUCUCAAGCUUGCGGUGGUAUCAUCCUCAACAACCGAUCCAUCCUCACUGCUGCUCACUGCACCGUUGGUGACGCUGCCAAUAGAUGGCGUAUUCGUGUUGGCUCUACUUGGGCCAACAGCGGUGGUGUCGUUCACAACGUCAACCAGAACAUCGUCCACUCUCAAUACAAUGUAGGAGCACGUUACAACAAUGACGUCGCCAUCCUCCGCUCCGCCUCGACCUUCUCCUUCAACAACAAUGUCCGCGCUGCCUCCAUCGCUGGUGCCAACUAUUUCCCCGGUGACAACCAAGCUGUCUGGGCUGCUGGAUGGGGUGACACUUUCUCUGGCUCAAACGCUGGCUCCGAGCAGCUCCGUCACGUCCAGGUUGUAGUUAUCAACCAGAACACUUGCAGAAACCAGUACGCCAACACUAUCUACACAAUCAACGACAACAUGUUGUGCUCCGGCUGGCCCUCUGGUGGUCGCGACCAGUGCCAGGGUGACUCUGGUGGUCCUCUUUAUCACAACGGCAUCGUCAUUGGUGUCUGCUCUUUCGGUUUGGGUUGCGGUCUAGUUAACUUCCCCGGUGUGAACGCUCGCGUUUCUCGCUACACUACUUGGAUUUCCUCCAACUCGUAAGAAGACAAACAUUAUGUUUUAAAGACUAUUAUAAAUAAAUUAAGACAAUGUUUUUACAUUAAAGAAAAAAACAGAUUUUUUU